CACAAAUUAUCGAACACUCGUAUAUACCACUAAGCGCGGGCUAAGUGAUCACGUUGUCACACAACAUCCAUUAUCUCAUUAUUUUUAAUAACUUUUACACCUUAAAUAUUAUCCGCUGUUUAUUACGCGAUUGUUUAUACCUCAUACGCGUCACUUUGUUCAUAAAAUGCCCGACAAACGCCAGCCAUUUUUACUCAUACUCGUACUCACAUCAACUUUCAUGUUCUCGUCCACACAAUCACUGCAAUCGUCAGUCAUUUCUCCUUAUUAUUUUUUACCAAAACCAAAAAUUAUUAUUUAUUUUAAAAAAUUCAAAUUUUAUAAUUACUGUCCAAGUGUCACAUGAUUGUUGGUUCCGUGAUAAUUAUUUAUUUUAUUUAAAUAUCUAACGAUAUCAGGAUGACGUGUGUCCUGGAAGUUUAUCACAGAUGUGGGCUUGUGUCCUACCGUCGACGGUGUGGUUAUUUAGUGCGAUAAUCCACGAGAUAGUACAAAUAAAUGAUGGAGCAGUUGGGAGAGGGGCAAACGGUGAUGGUUGGAGGAGCUGGAGGAACUGUCCAGGUGGUCCAGAUGGGCCAAGGAGGCCAGGCGAUGAUGUUACCGCAGGCAAUCCAAGUCGCGGGUCCUAAUGGACAGAUCCAGGUGCUGCCGAUGUCGUCGUUGACUGGAGGAGGACAGCAGCUGGUGAUACAGCAGCCUCAGACACCGCAAAUAAUUCAAACCCCUGAUGGACAGACUUAUAUCUACCAGCCUGUUCAGUUGGACAACCAGGUCCAGCAAGCCCAGCCUACUGGUAACUUCAUCAACAUCAACGGGAACCUGAUGCAGAUCGCGGGAACUUCGCAGGCAACCGCUACCACGGCGUCAGCUUCUCCUGUCCAGCAGAUCUCCAGUCCUACAUCAGCAACUCAGGCAGGAAAUAUUGUCAUGAUGGUACCUGGAAAUGGUGGACAGACGCAGUUCCAAAGAGUCGCGCUUCCCAAUGCUGAGUUUUUGGAAGAAGAGCCGCUUUAUGUAAAUGCGAAACAGUACAGGCGGAUUUUAAAACGGAGACAAGCUCGCGCUAAGCUUGAAGCCGAAGGAAAAAUACCUAAAGAAAGACCCAAAUAUCUCCACGAGUCGCGACAUCGGCAUGCGAUGAACAGGAUCCGCGGAGAAGGUGGACGGUUUCACUCCGGUCAGGUGAAAAAAAGAAAUUUAAAUUCAAUGAGAUCAAUGCCAUUAACAACAAAUGCAAAUCAGCAUCAUGAUAAUAUGACAUCGACGAUCAUUAUUGAAAGCACGGGAGGCGGCGCGUCCUUACCAGAUAUGAUCUCGGAUGGAAUAGUGACGAGUAGACAUUAAAUAUUAAAUAAUUAAUUAAUUAAGGAAAUAUUUAUGUAUAUUUAUAAAAUAUAAAAUAUAAGUAAGCCAAAAAUACGGGAGCUGAGAGCUUAGAUUUUAAAAAAUUUCAAAUCUCUCAGCUCCUGUGAGCUAACGAACGCAGAGGCGGUAAUUUUUCAUUCGGUAAAUUUAAGAUUUAAAACUAUGGUCUGAGUUGUUUUUAAAACAAAUAAAUAAAAUGUUAUUUAAAUUAAUGUACAUAAGUCGCGGCCCGGGAUUUUGUAUUCGUUCAUUUAGAUUUCAUUUGUACUAAAAAAAAAUCGAUCGAUCAAUCGAUUAAAGUUAAAGUAAAAUUAAUUGAUAGGCACUGUGACUUUAAUGUGAAUGCAUCGUAAUUUAUAAGUGUAUAUUACUAUUAUUUUUAAUUACAUUUGUAGGGUAAAUUUUUAAUAGAUAAUUCAAAUUUAUUAAGAAAAAAAAUAAUUAAAUUUUAAAAAACUGCAAUCAAUUAAUGUUAAGAUUUAGUUUAAUUAAUUAAUAUAUUUUUUUUUCUAAUUAGUUGAGUACAGUUUCAAUUUAUUCGAACAUCGCAUCUUGCCAUGACAAGUUUUUUUUUUUUUAAAUUAAUUGAUUAAUUAAUUAAGAUUUGAUUGUCGGCUGUUUAUUUUUGAAAAUUAUUUUGGGUACUUGUGUACCAAAAAAAUAAUUAUCGGCUGAGAUAAUUAAUUUGUAAUUUUUGAUGAUUAUGUAAAAAUGAAUGCGAUGUUUGAGUGAUGGCAUAAAUACGUACAAUGUAAAAUAAAUAUGUUAGUUUUCGCGUGGUGUUUAAUUAACACUAAUUAUUAUAUAAGUAAAUUAUCAAUUAGAUAGAACAAAGGUGUAGUAAUAUAAAUUUAUUUUCUUAUCUAUCGUAAUGUACAAGUAAAAUUUUAAUUCAAGUUCAAA